CGACUCUCGCGUGCGUCUAGGCACCAUUUUAUAAGAAAUGCGAUUAAGGUGUGGAAAGACCUUAAAAACUCUGCGAAGAUUUCGUGUCGUCGUCUUGUUUGCUGGAUUUCCUCUGGUUCGCUACGAUACAUAAACGCCACUUUAACAGAGAAACUGCACGUCAGACGCAGAUCUACUUCAGUCGGGUUAUACUAAGCUCGUUAGCUAACUUGGUUUCUUCUUUGUCAGGGCCUAAUCUUUGGAUGCAUAACUGAAAGGUGAAAGAUGACACAGUUUCUGCCGCCAAACCUGCUGGCGCUUUUUGCCCCGCGGGACCCGAUACCCUACUUGCCCCAGUUGGAGAAAUUGCCUCACGAGAAACACCAUAACCAGCCUUACUGUGGUAUCGCACCUUUCAUCAAGCACUUCGAGGAUCCUAGAGAUGCCCCUCCUCCAACUAGAGCAGAGACCAGGGAGGAAAGACUGGAAAGAAAGAGGCGGGAGAAGAUUGAGAGGAGACAAGCUGUUUUGGAGACUGAGCUGAAGUUGUGGGAUCCCCACAAUGACCCGAAUGCUCAAGGAGAUGCUUUCAAGACAUUGUUUGUUGCAAGAGUGAACUACGAUACAACAGAGUCUAAACUCCGUCGUGAAUUUGAAGUUUAUGGGCCCAUCAAAAGGAUCUACAUUGUUUACAACAAGAGGACUGGGAAGCCCAGAGGCUAUGCCUUCAUAGAGUAUGAGCAUGAGAGGGACAUGCAUUCCGCCUUUUUCUGAUGGCUAUUGGCCAGAGCUGGCUUGCAGAUGAUGAUUUUGGUACAUCCUGUACACCCUACUACCACAGCUCAGUGUAUGGUUGGUAUGAUGGGUUUGUAUAUGAUGGGUAAGAUUUAACUUUCCACCCCACCCCUCACAGAGAAAAGAACAGGAUAUAGCCAGUCAGUCAGUAGGUGCCUUCAGAGUUUGCCUAUUGUAUUAAAAUAACCGGAGGCUAUUACCCUUGUUGAUUUGAAGAGGACUAAGAUAAUGCACAUUCUGGCUUGACAGUUGGUCACAUAUAUCUUUUGGGAAAUUUUCGGUUUUAAUCAGGUCCGUAAUUGGGUUUUAGCUGCAGUUGUUUUAAUGGAAUAGGCCAACUGGCACUCAGUGAAUUUUUUAAUUAUAAAACACUUUGAAUUUAAAGAUGGCCAUUAUAUGCAGGAGUAGGUGAGUUCAGGGUAGAUUUUCUUAAGUUUGCCUGUAUGGCAGAAAUCUAAUGCAUGUGAGCAAGUUCUGGGGGACAGCUUGUGUGACCAAAAUAGUAUACAGGAUUUUUUUUAGUUUAGAAAAUAUCAUUGCUCAGUAUUUAAUAUUUAUCCCUUCUGUUUUGAAUAAAAACAUUGACAGAUGCACUUUGCACUGACAGUGUUGACUUAAGAUGUCAGUAUAAAAUAUAAUUUGUCAGCUGCCCCCUCAGUGCAGUACUGCUUACCCAUGUACUGUACUCCAGUGUGUGGAGGGAACUCAACCAAACUGAAGAUCAUAUUUUGUUUAUUUGUAAAAUUUUACGUAACUGUGUGGAAGAGCACGGAACCUCCAAUUCAUCCCAUUGAUCGACUGAUGCACGCACCUCUACCCAAAAGAGAGCUCACUAAACCGCCUUCAAACAUUCACUUUUGCUACUCUAAAUUUUCAUUUAAAAAAAUUGUAGCUUUGAACUACCAUGAGCAAACCAUUAGUAUAAUUUCACAUGUUAGGUUUCUAAUUUAUGCUUCUGGUUAAGUACUCCUAAAUUGAUAGGGCAGAAGUUACUUUUUUUUUUUUUUUUUACAGGUAUCUGGUACACCAGAUCUAUGAAGUUUGUAUUGUUUAAGGAUUUAACAUAUUAAUCAUGGCUUUGAAACAUAGAUGAAUAGUUAUCAAACACAAUCUCAAAAUGCUUCACUACACUCAAUACUGCACCUCUUAUGCAACUGUUGAAAGAUACAUUAAAGAGCCCCAGCAUGCAUCUGUGUGGGCAACUGGAUUUUAAGGGACGCUUUGGAGUCACAUGGUGUGGUAAGAUGGUCAGAAAUAGGUUCUUCCUAUACUCUAUAUACACACACCUUACAUAUAGUGAAAUUUAAAACCCAGUAAGUUGGGUUGUGGUGUGGAGAUUCCUAAAUGUUCAAUAAAAACCAUUCUGAAGUACUAGGGUUCUGGAUGGAUGGAUUGUGGUAAGGCAAUCCCCUUUAUGUGAUGCUGAAAGAUUAGCAAGGUUGACAAGGUGGGGUUGUGGUAAGGCAUCCCCGGGUCAGAUGGCGGCGUCUUAAAAGCUUCCUGAUGGAUAUGCCAUGGUGACGGAGACAUGCUCCUCAUACCACAGUGCCGGCGCUUACGAGGGACCCUGCAGCUCAUGUGGUGUCUGUCCUUGUUUUCUGUAUGUGGCUGUGGUAAGGCAGUCAACAUGAUUUGGGAACAUCACAUCAUUCUGAUUUUGAUGUAAAUGUGUGGUGGUUUUUCAGCUCGUGGUAAGGUUUAGUGUGUGUGUGCGCGCACGCCUGCACUGUCCAGUUCUAAAUAUUGUCAGAUGUGCUUACAUUGCAUUAGGAACUUAACAUCAGGAGCUUAAUUGAAUUUCCAUUUUCACUUUUUCCAUGGGUUGAGGUAAGCUGGUUAGCUGAAGUACUUUUCUUUCCCCAUUUUUGUCCUAUCUGGGUUGUGUGUAAGGCAACCCUUGGUUUAAACAGGUAUUAGGAAAUUAGCACUUGCUGUUGUGUAGACUUGUAUUUGCAUGUUUGAAUACCAGUAUGCCAUAGUAGCUGGUGUUUGAUCUACUGGUAUACAUGUACCAUAAAUUUUAACCUGAUGUUCCAGAAAUUUUUGGAUUCCCACCAUCCUGAUUCCGCCAGCAUUCAUUUGACUUGUGUAACGGGCUGGUGGUAAGACCUGCUGUUUUAAUUUGUCCCCUGGUACAAUUAACUUGCCUUGUCCUGUAUAGUGCCAAUUCCUUUUAUUUUGAACUGUACGUAUUCCAUCAUCUGCAACUUCAUCUUCUUCUUGGAGAGGGAAUAGGACCAUGGGGCAGAAGAGGUGUAAGUAGUGGACUAAGUUGGAUGGGAAAGGUAAAGGGAGGUUGUGAAAUGUAAGUAUGGCUCUCAGCGGUUAAAAGGCAGCACUCGGCCAUUUUUGUGCUGAUUCAUGUUUGUCUCCGUCUGGAUUUUUUGAAAAGGUAUCGGGGAAUGGGACAACCAGGUCUUUUUAUACAAGCUUGGUCAAUGUAACUGUAAAACAUUGGCAUGAUUUACAGUCUUGUAAAGGGAUUCUGAGGUUCUCUUGGUUUCAAAUGGAUAUUUUUAAUUCUGGACUAUAUAAAUAAAAACUGGCUUAAGCCCUGA